AUGUCGGAGGAUCAUGCUGAUGAGAUAAAUUUCAAUGAGCUUGUCGGGAACUUGCUCAGUUCUCACAACGCUAGCGAACAACAUGUCGAUGAGAAUGUGGAUGCUGGCGAAGUAGUUACGAGUUUCGACCAUCAUCAACAGGAUGCAGAUCAUACAGGUGAAGAUAGCGAGCAACAACAUCUGGGGGAGGAAUUACCUGAGUUUGGUGACGGAGAAGGAGACGAUGCGCUAGCUGCUGUAGUUGCCAGCGCUAUACAAAGCAUGGAUCAUGAAGAGCAGAACGAGGAGGGAGAAGCAGAUAGAGUACCGAGAGAGGAUACCUCACGAAUGGAUCGGGAAAAUGAAGAACAUCAGCAGGAUCGUCCCUGGGCUAACAUGCUUCAACAAAGCGUUUCGCAAGGGACUGAAGCAGGAAAGAGUCAUACUGAGGAUCAGCUGGACCAGGAUGACGAGACCUUACGACAAGCUAUCUUGGAGUCUCUUAGCGAACUCAAUAAUGUGGAGAAGGAAGCUAACGAGCAUGUGAAAGAGGUAAAGGAAAGGCCCAAGAAGAGUUCAAAGAAGAAGAAGAACAAAGAUAAAGAGCGUGCCAAGGACAAGCAUAAUUCAGCAAAGAAAAAAAAGCAUCACAAUAAAGAAAAAGAGGUGGAAGGUGGUGAGGAUAAUUUGCUGGACUUCGAAGAUGUUAUAAAGGGAUUCAUGCGUCAAGGUAACGAGCAGGCAAAUACUGGAGUAAGCCCAAAGCCACAGCCAGAGGUUAUCGGCGAUGCAGAGACUCAAGCGCUAGUGGAGGCUACACUGAGAGCUUUUGAACGUGAGUUAUUGGGUUCUCAGACAAGUGCAACUUCAUCGCAGAUUCCCAAAGUUCGCUCCAAUGAAAAAUCAGUGACAAAGGCGAUUUUGGGUCCGAGAAAUGCAGAUUACGGAAAGAUUAAUCUAGAAACUGGCUUAGCCACUAGCAUGGUAGCGGAAGACUACUCCAAAAGUGAAGUAUCGUCGACAGAAUCGAAGAAAAAGAAGAAGAAGAAGAAAAAGCAGAAGGACAAGAAGAGAAAGCAGCGAAAAGCCGCAGAAAAGGAUGAGAAAGGUUCAGAUGAAGAUGAGUUCUCCAAAGCGUUGGCGGCAAUGGUUAAUGAUGUGGUCAAUGCUUCAUUGGCUGAUUCUGCCGCUCUUGCGCAUGAAUUGCCUCCACCAGAGACACGCCCAGAUGCAGCUGCACCUACUGUAGAGCAAACCAUCGAAGAUAAGCAGAGCGAGCCGGAAGAGGAGACAUUUGAUUUGAAUCAAAUCAUGCAAAAGGCUAUGUCUAUGGCAUUUCAGGAUCAGAGUCACGAAGCUUUUGAUAGUUCAGCUAUGGAAGAAUUCAACCGUGGAUUAGGAUAUCUCUCUGUGUCGGACCUUUUAAGUGGUAGCUCAUCCCUUCUCAAAAAGAAAUCCUUGUCCAAAACUUUCCCUUCUGAAUCAAGUUCUAAGAGAUCUAAAGCAGUUCGCAGCAAGGCUAGUGCGGGAACUGAGAACGAAGAGGUGAUGCAAAAAAGAAAGACCAGUUCCAAACCAUCUUUAUCACCUGAGGAGGCUCUUCGGAAAAGGUACUCUCAAGCUGCCACGGCGGCAGCAGCAGCAGCUCGAAAGCGGGCGGCUGCGAGAAGCAAGGCGGAGAGAUUGCAACUGAGGACUGAGCGUAAGAAAGCUCGUGAAGAGAAGAAGCUGCAGAAGAAACAAGCGAAAGAGCAGCUGGAGAUUGAAAGAAAAGAGCUGGAAGAAAUUGUUGCAAGAGGUCCCCCAUAUCCUUCUGAUCUGAGACUGACGAAGAGCGGUAAGCCGAAGAAGCCUUACAGAAGGUGGACACAGGAGGAAAUGGAAAAGAGGGCUUCAAUGCCGCCAGAGGAACUCGAAAAGCCAAAGAGGGUGAAGAAGGAAAGAAAGAAGAAGUCAAAGAAACUGAAAAAAAUACCGCUUUCAACCUUGAAGAAGAUUCCGUUAUUCAAUUUUGCGAGAGAUGGCAUACCGGCGGACGUGAAGACCAAGUUGAACGGCAUUGACGAGACCCUAAAGAAAAUACCACUUCAAUCGUAUCAACCAGAACUCUCGAAGCUUGCUCCACCGGAGACCAUUGCUCCGAGCAGCUGGGAGAGGCUGGAGCCUGAGGAGGAGGGCGCAGGAAUUGAUAGGGCAAGAAAGAUGACAUCUUUUGCGUUCGAUGCAAGGCGUAAAACGGUCGUUCGCAGGGAAAAGAUUCCGUUUCAUCCACCUUGGGCUUUACCGACUCAAGUUCCUUAUGCCUUGCCAUUAGCAAGAAGAAAGAGGAAAGAAAAGCCCAGAGAUUUUCCAUUCUCUACCAGCGGCCGUCAAAAAAUAAGCGGCAGAGCCGAAAGACCAUCUUUCUCUCCUGGCAUCAGAAAUAAAAUUAUUCCAGCCGUCUUACGCCCCAUUAUUAGUACUCUGAAAGCAGCAGCUAGGGCCAAAGUUGCUUCUGGAGCUUCUCCUGAAGAAACUAAUAAGCUUUUGAUGACCAUCAUAAGACAUACGAAGAAAUCGAUUGCAGAGUCUUUGAGCUUAGCAAGAAGACAAGCUGCUAGGAACUAUUCUGCCAUAAAAACUGAGAACGAUCUUGACCAUUGGAAUGAGAUAAAGAGUAGGAAAGCUGCCAGAAUACCGAUAUUUCGUCUGUCGAAAAUCAAGCAGCUUGAUACUAGUGAAGAUACUUCGGUCAAAUCUGCAACCACGAGUAUUCUGCCAAUUCCAAUAGUGAAAAUCGAGGAAACAGCUGACAUCACACCUUCGAGACUUGAGACUGCUUCAGUAACAUCAUGGGAUUGGAAGAGUAGAGAUAAUGUCGGGACCCCAGUUGCAACCGAUGGCAUUACAACAACAACUCAAUUGCCUUCUGACUCCAUCAAAGGCUCAGUUGGCGAGCACAAGGAACGGCUUUUCAGUCAAGAAGUGGCUUCAGAGGAAGAUCAAGGCGGGAAGCAGCUGAUCAAGGAUCAAGGUGAGAUUUUGGGAAAAAUCGAAAUUCGAGCGGAGGAGGGCAUGAAGGCUGAGAUAAAGGAAGCCAGAGAAAGCACCAAGCAGUCCAAAUUGUCCUCAUGCGUUAGUAAGAGCGUCGCUGGCGUGGAAGACGUUAAUAACAGGACUGAGAGCCAAAAUGUGGAAUAUAAGCGGCCUCCUGUUGAAACCCAUGGUUUAAUCACCUCUUCAGAAAUAAACUUUCUCUUAUCAGAACGAAACUGGAAGCUGUCUCAGAGCAGCAAGCAACUUACAGCUCUCAAAGCAGCGGUUACUGGUGGCUCUAGCGUCACGAAAGAUUCACUUCAAUCUUUGAAAGAUGUAGUUAAUAAAGACAGUGGCGGCGAGGAGCAGAGAAUCCAUGAAGUCUUGGAUGAUCUUGUAAAAGAACACUUCACACAAUCGAAGAAUGACCCAAUUGAGUUGACAGAUGAUGUUCGUCACAUUAUAUCGGAAACGAUUGAAGAGUUAAUUCCAGUAAUGGAUGUCCACCAACAAGAACGUGAAGAGAGACCUAAGCGUCAAAGAAAAGGGCCUCCACCUGUGUUAAACUUGGAUGGUCUUGUGCCUCCCAACAAUCUUCGAGUGAUACCGAAGAUCGAGAGCUCACCGAGCCCGUCGGUCGGUAAAAAAGUCGCACCUAAAGUUAGGAAGGAGCGUAAGAAAGCAGAUCAACCGGCGCUUCUUUAUACCUUCAAUGUUCCGAACUUCAAGAACCUGCAAGGGAGAAGAACAAUGCUUCUAAAGAGAACAAAGGAAUACUUGAACGAAGAAGAAAUGACCAUAUUGAAGAAAGAAAUAAACAAGGAACGUAAGAGAAAGUGGAGAGAGGCUAAUGUUGAAAAAAACUGGGAAAAUGAUCUGCGUGCCAGAUUAAGGAAGCGUGCUAAUGCUAAGUUUGGUGAUCACGAAUCUAUUGAGAAGACAAAGUGGUACGACGAUCAGCUUUCAAAGAGUUUAUCUGAGAGAGAAGUGAAACAGGAAGGGAACUACAACUUGGAUGACAACGCACCUGAUAAGAAAGCGGGUGGUUCCACGAAUUUAAGUGAUAAUGAGGUAUUAAACAUGAUCGCAACGACUUUAAAUAAGCUUGAAGUCGCUCGGAUUCUGGAGCGAGAGCUUAACGAGGAAGCAGCCGGAUAUCAAGAACAGAGACAAAACAAAAAAUGCAGCAUGAGCACUCCAGCGGAAAUUGCCGUGGAGCAUACUGACCAGACCAAACAAUUGAAUUUACAGAGCCAAGCAGCAUCCUACGAUGAGCGUGUGUCAUAUGAUGGGCAGGAACCUCAUACUGAUAACGAAGAGGUUUUAGAGGAGCCAAGUAGCACAAAGAGACCAUAUCCGGACGAUUUACCGGUAACAGUUCCUUUUGUAAAGAGGCCGAAGUACGUAAGCACACAAGACGAUAAAUAG